CGGGAUCCGUGUUUUGCAUCGCUCCUCAAUUUGCAUUUCUCCCUCAGAUUGUUCCGUGCGUCGCGUUCAGCCGCUCGAGACCAGCGGGCGCUCCUCGAGCUCUCUGUUGAACGUGCGCCUCCAUUUCCAAAAGCAUUACGCGCAGAGAAAGAAAGAAAGAAAGAAAGGAGAAAAAAAAUCUGGACAUUUUUUUAAAAAUAAUGUUGCCGAAGCUUCUCGAGCUGGGAAAUUGAGGACAUUUUGAUUUACUGUUAUUAUUAUUUCUGUUGCGUAUCUACCUACAGGAGACAGACACGUGUCUUCUGGGUAAACAGAAAAAGGGCUAGAUCGUGUCAGCAUUGUGUUUUUCUUCUUCCAUCCUCUUUUGUUUCUUUACACACCGACUCGAGUUGAAGCUGUUUUUGGCGACGGAGCUUUUUUCCAUUCCAGUUUUGUUGUGCGCCUUUGGUGAUAAUAAAGAAGAAGACGCAUAUUAUUUGGAGAUGUCGGAAGUGCUGCCUUUCAACGAAGAGAAAAUGAGUCAUUAUGGAAAUGAGGGCGACGAGGGACACCUUUCCUUCACCUGUCGUCUUCAAGACACCAACAACUUCUUCAAUGGAUCACAGAACAAACGUCCGCCGAAGCUCGGACAGAUAGGAAGGAGCAAACGGGUUGUGAUUGAGGAUGAGAAUGGCGACAACGAAGCGAAAAAUGGAACAGAGAAGACCCCGGCAGAGGCUUAGAGCGCUUGGCUCAGCACCCCCAUCCCUACCCCUACCCAAACCCCCACCUAAAAGACACUCUUGAAAUUUUUUAUGGCGAUAUUUACCAGUUUUAAUCCAAAGACACUGUAUAUAAGCACUUUCUCUCAUGUGGCAGCAAGCAGCACUUCCACGCCCUCCUCUCCCAGUCAGUCAUGGCCAUCCGGGUGACACACACUGCUGGCAGGCAGGGGCGGGAGACGGCAGCGAAGGAAGACCCCCAGGUGGACCCCCCCACCCCCUGACACACACACACACACACACUCAGACAAACAAACACACCCUCGAUUGCAGGGUUUCGCCAUAAAUCCAAAAGAAGACAACAAGAGGGGGGGAACGAGGCGAAGGAAGGAGGCGAAGGAAGGAGGCGACGCUGUCGAGAUGCAGAAAUCAGGGACAGGAUACAGAAAUAAAUCUCUAAUAUAAAAACUAAAGCACACACUUCUCCUAUAUCUUAUCAAUCAAACCUAUGGUACCAUUCUUUCUGCUCUUCAUUUUUGAUCGAGGGCGAAUGAAUAACAGAGUUUGUAAAUAUGGAAAGGGUAGCCCAUAUUUUCUUGCACAAAAAGUGGGAAACUGGUUUGUUCUCUGUGUUGAAGACUUUAUUUAUUGAUCCUUUGGAAUAUGUCUUUUGCAGCGACUUAAGGCCCGAGGGAGUGUCCUUUUGUAUGUCGAGAAAACUUCGAGUGAAUGGGAGUGACAUUUUUGUUUUUCACUUAACAAUUCUCGAUGUUGCCUGAGUGUUUUUUGUUACCAUACUUUGCAGCUAACGAGUCAUUUAUAUACGGCGUACCUACCACCUGUUUGUAAGCUUCCCAGGCUUUCACCUGGAUUGGUUGAUACUGUAAACUUGACUGUACACACCCUAUUGAUAAACUAUUUAUAUUGCAUUGUGCAUUAUCGUGCGUGCCAAAUCUCAUGAGGGGAUAAUACUGUACCUGACGACUUGUUCUUAUUUUUGUGCUUUAUACAUUUACUCAUACGAUUCAGUUGUUUUGUUGGGUCACCAUUUUUUAGGGCUCUUUCUUAAAAAAAAACACUGAGAUACCAACUCAUGCAUGGCAAAUAUGAAAUCAUGCAUGCACGGCAGAAGCUCUGAAAACUCUUGUGUAUUCUUGAAGCACCUCGUAUACAGCUUUGAAUGACAAACCUCGAGAAACAGUCUUAAUUCUGCGUUGUACUGUACGACUCACACUGAUUUGUACAGUGGCCUAAUAUCUUGUAAUAAAGAUUAUGACAAAGUACUAUUUACUGUUUAGUGUUGAUUGUGGUUUAAAGGAAUUAUGUAAUCGAUGUUGCUUUUCUUUGUUUUUUAAACUGUUUUAAAACUGUAGCAAAAAACACAAAAAUAUAGUUUUGUAUCAGAAAGAUGAAGACACUAUAGCGAAUAGCUUGUCUGGCUUUUGGAUAAUGUUCCUUGUACAGUUUCCUAUGUUGUUAUUGGAUUGCCUAUAUGGCUGCCAAGGAAGGUCAAGUCAGCAUUUUCCACUGUGAGAAAGUAGCAUCCCAUUCUUUGGAAACAUCAGAUAUGGGAGGAGAGACAGAAAAAAUGGGAUAAAAGAUGAGCGAAUAAUCUCAUCAAGAAUUUUAAAUCCACACUCCUGAUGUUGUUAAAAGGAGAGUUGAGACACUCGGCUCGGACGGCUGCGCAACAGACCACGAUCUCAGAAAGUAUUGCAGCAUAGCAAAUGAUUCUGUGGGGAAAAAAUGUACGCCACUGCUUCCCAAUGCAAUAAAUGUCUGUUUGCAUCUAAAA